AUGGGGACCCCGCGGGGGUCCUUAGAAGAGGGGCCCCUCAGGGGCCCCACAGAGGUCCCUGUGGGGCCCCCAGGGGCCCCUCAGGGGCCCCUGGGGGGCCCCCAGGGGCUUGAAGGGGCCCCACAGAGGCCCAGGAGGGGCUCUGUGGGGCCCCACAGGAGAACCGCAAGGAAGCCGCAGGAAGGCAGCAGGGCGGGGCCCGUGUGGGGCCCCCGUGAGGCCCUUGUGGGGCCCCCUGGGGGCCCCAGAGGGGCCCCUAAGAGCCGCCAAGAGGUCAGCAGCAGCGCGAGUUCUAAAGCCCCAGAACGCGGAAAAAGGAGGGAGCUGCAGCAGCAGCAGCAGCAGCUGCAGCUGCAGCAGCAGCUGCAGCAGCAGCAGCAGCAGCAGCAGCUGCAGCUGCAGCAGCAGCAGCAAGCGCCUGGGGUUCAUUUCCCAAGUGCUUGCCUGCAGGGGUUUAGGGUUUGGCGGCUGCAUCCACGACCCGGGAGGCCCCCCCUAUACAAUGCCCGCCAGAAGGCUCUUGUCGUGAGCGCACACUUCGCAGCAGCAGCGGCGGCAGCAGCAGCAGUUGCAGCAGCAGCAGAAGCAGCCGCAGCAGCAGCAGCAACAGCAGCAGCAGCAGCAGCAGCAGGGAGAGCGGCAGCAGCAGGAACAGCAGCAGCGCAGAAGACAGCUCAGCAGCAACAGCAGAAGCAACGCCGGCGCCCGCGCCCCACUCGCCGCAGCAGCAGCAGCAGCAGCAGCAAGACAGCAGCAGCAGCAGCAGCAAGACAGCAGCAGCAGCAGCAGCAGCAGCAGCAGCAGCAGCAGCAAGACAUUCCCAGUAGCAGCAAUCCGCGGGUCCUGGAGACCGCGGCAGCAAACUCGCCAAAAGCGGAGAAGACCACAGCAGCCGAAGGCAGCAAAAAGACUCAAAACAAACAAAUAAAUAAAUAA